AACAACCGAGAAAACGAUAGGACGGCCAGGAAAACGCCCCUUUGCCGCCUCCCUGCCGGAAAUGGCGGCUGCCCUCACCUAAGAUGGCGGCCGCGCCUUCCCGCCGCGCGGCGCAGUGACCGAACUUCCGCCUCCUCCCGCCUCCCUCCGCCCUGGCAGCGCCGGGUUCCGUGAGGGCCGUGAGGGCCGUGAGGGGCCGCGGGCGCUCAGCGGCGGCCGGGCCCGGGCUGAGCCUCCCCGCGGCCGUCGCGGCGCUCGGGGCAGCGUCCGCUCCCUGCCUCCGGGCUGCCGCCCACAACGCCUCCAACAAGGAGGAACAAGAAGAAACCCCAUAACAACCCCACAGGACGAUGCCAGGCCCGGCUGGCCCGUGCAGCCGGGGCUCUCUUUGCCUCUGGCUGCUGCUGCUGCUGCUGCUGGCGCCGCCCGCGCGUGCCCGGCCUGCCAACCACUCGCUGCUGAGGGAGAAGGGGGGCGAGGGCAGGGACGAGAAGGAGCUCGUGCCCCCCGACCACCUGAACGGCGUCAAGAUGGAGCUGGACGGGCACCUGAACAGGGAGUUCCACCAGGAGGUGUUCCUGGGCAAGGAGCUCGAGCGCUUCGAGGAGGACUCGCAGCCCCGCAGGAACAGGAGGAAGCUCGUGGGGAUUUUCGCCAAGGUGGAUGUGAAUAAUGACAAAAAAAUCAGUGCCAAGGAAAUGCAACGUUGGAUCAUGGAGAAAACAGAUGAGCAUUUCCAGGAGGCCGUGGAGGAGAACAAAAUGCAUUUCAGAGCUGUGGAUCCCGAUGGCGACGGUCACGUUUCAUGGGACGAAUAUAAAAUUAAAUUUUUGGCCAGCAAAGGCUUCAAUGAAAAGGAAAUUGCAGAGAAAAUUAAAAACAACGAAGAGCUGAAAAUAGAUGAAGAGACGCAGGAAGUGCUGGACAACCUGAAGGAUCGCUGGUACCAGGCGGACAAUCCCCCCCCGGACCUGCUGCUGAGCGAGCAGGAGUUCCUGUCCUUCCUGCACCCCGAGCACAGCCGCGGCAUGCUGCACUUCAUGGUGCAGGAGAUCAUCCGGGACUUGGAUCAGGACGGGGACAAGAAGCUGACGCUGCCGGAGUUCAUCUCGCUGCCCGUGGGCACCGUGGAGAACCAGCAGGCCCAGGACAUCGACGACGACUGGGUGAGGGACAGGAGGAAGGAGUUCCAGGAGGUCAUCGACGCCAACCGCGACGGCAUCGUCACCAUGGAGGAGCUGGAGGAAUACAUGGAUCCCAUGAACGAGCACAACGCGCUGAACGAGGCGCGGCAGAUGAUCGCCGUGGCCGACGAGAACCAGAACCACCACCUGGAGCUGGACGAGAUCCUCAAGUACAGCGAGUAUUUCACCGGCAGCAAACUCAUGGAUUACGCCCGCAACGUCCACGAGGAAUUCUGAGCUCCCUCCCCUCUUCCAGAACUUUCUGUUCCGCUCCCAACCCCCCCAGGAAAAAAUAAAAGUCCUAAGGAAAAAGGAUUCGGCCGAGCGGCGGGAAUCGGUCCUGGCGGAUUCCCGGAUUUCCGUCCGUCCCUGCGCUCUGCGGCUCCUUGGAGAGGUUUUUCCGUGCUGGGAAAAGUGGGAAUUCCUGGAUUCAGGUAUUUUCCUCCUCCUCGGGUUUGGGGUUGAAGGCAGCUGGAAUUCUGCCUGGGGAGGGUCCUGGAAUAUUCCCUGGUUUCCUUCAGCUGCUCGUGCAGGGGAUCCCAAAUAAAGGUUGGAUUUUGGGGAAUUUUGGUGGUUCCAAGGAAUGUUUGUCCUCUACACCCAGUUCCAUUUGAGAAAUUCCUUAAAUUUAGAGAAAUUCCUUAAAUUUAUUUAUUCCCUUGUUGUCCUCACAGCUGCUCGUGCAGGGGAUCCCAAAUAAAGGUUGGUUUUUGGGAAUUUUGGGUGUUUGUCCUUCACACAGAAUUCCAUUUGAGAAAUUCCUUAAAUUUAGAGAAAUUCCUUAAAUUUAUUUAUUCCGUGGUUUCCUUCAGCUGCUCGUGCAGGGGAUCCCAAAUAAAACUUGGAUUUUGGGUGUUUGUCCUUCACACCCAACUGCAUUUGAGAAAUCCCUUAAAUUAAUUUAUUCCCUUGUUGCCCUCACAGCUGCUCAGGCAGGGAAUCCCAAAUAAAACUUGGAUUUUGGGAAUUUUGGGUGUUUGUCCUUCACACCCAAUUCCAUUUGAGAAAUUCCUUAAAUUAAUUUAUUCCCUUGUUGCCCUCACAGCCGCUGUUGCAGGGAAUCCCAAAUAGAAUUUGGAUUUGGGGAAUUUUGGUGGUUCCAAGGAAUGUUUGACCUUCUGGGAAUAUCCACACUCAAUUCCUUAAAUUUUUCUCAACUUCCAGAAGAGUUGUUGGGAAUUUAAUGGAAUUUUUUCAGGGAGCUGUGGGGAAGCAUUUAUUUGAAAUGUUACAUAAAAACUCUUUGGAAUUAAAUUAAUAAAAUAACAUUAAUUAAAAUUAAAUUAAUAUAAAAGUACUUUUUUUUUGUUGACAUCUGCACUGUCAGUGGGAGAUUUUGGCUUUAUAAAAUCAGAUUUUGGUCAAAAAUCAAACAACUGGGAAGUAUUUUUUUGAAUUUAAGCUGUUGGACAGAGCAGUGGGAAUUCCCAUGGAGUUUGAUGGCUGCUUAAUUAAAAUUCACUGCUAAAAUUAAUGAGCUCUGUGCUAAUUAAUGCUGUUAAUGAGCUGCUGCUGAUGAUAUGGGGGGAAUUCCAGGCUUUGGGUGAGCUCUGAAAGCAUCUCUGUCCCAGAUAAAAUUGAUUUUUCCUCUGCUUCCAUCUUUCCUGGGAAAAACCCCUCUUUGGGAAAGAAUUCCUGAAAUUAAUGAGAUGUUCUAUUUGAUUAAAUUUAUUCUUAAUAUAAUGUAAAUACAGGAAUUGCUAUCCCUCUUUCCCUUUUCCUGCUUUAUUUGAUGUUUUUAUUAAAUUCCUUGGAUAAAAGGUUUUAUAUA